AUACAGAGAGAGAAAUUGGAACUUGGAAGGUUCAUUUCAUGAUAUCUUCACUUGGCAUUUCCUUUUUCUUCACUAUUUCUCUCUCUGUUUUGGUUUUUUUUUUUCUUAACCCUUUUCUCUCUCUCUCUCUCUCUCUCGUUCUGCAUGCGAGUGUUGGCAUGAGUGAGUGUUCGAGGCUUUGAUCUCAUGUUCUUCUCUCUUCCCUCGGAUCCUUUUCCAACUACGGGACACAGACACAGUUUUCCUACAGUUUAUAACACAGGUUCAGCUUCUCUUCCAGCAAGAAAAAAGAUUCUUCUUUAUUGUGAAUUUCAACUAAAAUCUUUGGAUUUUAGAUUUUAGCUUGAAUACUCUCACGUUCUGUUCAGAUAAUAUUAUUAAAGAGAUGAGUCAAAUGACAAAUGAGAUUAACUACAAUGUGCACUGCAAUGAUCAAACUGGGUCACAGUUAAAUGAUGAGGGCAAUGGAGUAGGUAUGGUUCUGAAGAAAGGGCCAUGGACAGCUGCUGAAGAUGUUCUUUUGGUGAACUAUGUCCAGAAGCAUGGAGAGGGGAACUGGAAUGCUGUUCAGAAGUACUCAGGCCUGUCUCGUUGUGGAAAAAGUUGUAGACUGCGAUGGGCCAAUCACCUAAGGCCAAAUUUAAAGAAAGGAGCAUUUACCGCAGAAGAGGAACGGAUGAUUGCUGAACUCCACGCCAAAAUGGGAAACAAAUGGGCACGCAUGGCGGCGCACUUGCAUGGUCGUACAGAUAACGAAAUAAAAAAUUACUGGAACACUCGGAUGAAGAGGCGGCAACGGGCUGGCUUGCCACUUUAUCCUCCCGAGGUACUUUUGCAAGCAUUUCAAGAGAGAAAGCAUGGCCAAGGUACUGGUGAAAUUAGUAAUGGUGAUGGAGGGCAUCAUGAUUUCUUGAAGAAAAACAAUUAUGAGAUACAUGAUGCAAUAUUUGACAGUCUGAAGGAAAAUCAAGGAAUCUUACCUUUUUUGCCUGACCUUCCUGCUAUUUCUGCUAAUAGCUUUCUGCCAAAUUGUCUUGGUUCUCCUCCAUAUUGUAAUUUUUUGCCAUCAACAUUACCUAACCAUGAUCAUUUUCAAGAGUCAACCAUGUCUUUUAUUGGUUCCAGUGAAUUGAACAGCAAUGAGUUUUAUCCAUUUGACCGUAUUAAGGAUAAUAAUUCUGAUAAGAUUUCAGAAUCAUUUGGAUUGUAUUCUCCCCUUGAUCGUGGUGCCUCCUCACAUGGCUCAAUUUGUUACAGCCAUUCACUAUCGAAUGGCAAUUCCUCUACUUCUAAGCUGAUUUCUGAGGCUGCAAAGUCAGAGCUCCCUUCACUCCAAAUUCCAGAAACCGAAUUUGGUUGUUGGGGUACCUCUCCCCCACCUCCAUUGAAUGAGUCUCUUGAUGUUUUCAUUCAUUCUCCUCAACCACCUAAUGCACUAGACUCAGGUUCUUCACCACUUAAUAGUGGCUUGCUUGAUGCAUUACUUUAUCAAGCAAAUACUCUUGGUUGUUCAAAGAAUAAUUCUUCUGACAAGAGUUUAAAUUCUUCAAUUGCAACUCCUGGUGACAGAGCUGAGAGUUCUGCUUUGAACAUGUAUGAGACAGAAUGGGAGGAUUAUGCUGACCCUUUAUCUCCCUUUGGAGCAACUUCAAUCCUGAAUGAGCAUCCUGUUGUUAGCACCAAUGGAAACUCAUGGGAUGAUUGGGAACUUUUUCAGACCUUUAGUGCAAAUUCUGCAGGCAACAAUGAGAGAUUGCAGUCAGUUGACCAGGUUUGGGCCCCUAAGAGUGGAAAUCAAUCCAUGUCUCUGUUGAAUCUCACUCUGCCAGAUGUCUUGAUAACUUCAGAUUGGCACGAACUGUAUUCUGACCACGAUAGCAUGAACCAAGCUGUCAUGACUGAAGCUAGUGAUGAUAUCAGUGGACAGUAAGCAUGUGGUUAAUGGAACUUACGCUUCAAGUACAGGAGCUUAUUUCUUGCGAUUGGAUUAACAUUCUUCUUCUUACAAUUGUCUGAUCUUCAUUCAGAAAACUGCUGAAUGUAUGAUUCAAAACUUUUUGUUAUCCAUUUAUUUUACUCUUUAAUAAGGGUAAUCUGGUGUAACAUCUCCUGUUCUGAGAGUUUAGUAUGGGUCAGAAACUUGGGUCUUUCUAUUGUAGCUUUAUAAAUUCUUUCUUUGUUACAUUACUAUGCACCGUCUUCAAACUCUUUGGGACAAAUUGCUUUGACAGGUUUUAGAAUAGUUUGUAGAAUAACAUUGUACUUUAAACUUUGGACAGCAUGCAGCUCAAUGCAGUGACAAAUGUCUUGUAUGUCUUUUAGGUUCUAUUUGAAAGUGCAGAAACAUUUCAUA